AUGUUCCGGCAAAGAUGCAGGGUUUUGAAAGUUUUGCUGAUUGUUGUGUUCGUUGCAACCGUGUUUCUCCACUUCAUCUUUUUGCCAACCGUUAAUGGUGGAUACAAUGACGAAUGCUUUCUACCUGAGGGGAAACGGCACAUUUUAAGGACCAUGGUGCAAAACAUUUCGAUGGCAUUUGAUAAGUUUGGUGUUCAAUACUGGCUGGAUUAUGGUACGUUAAGUUUUCUUUUCAAAUUUCUUAGCUAUAAGAUAUAUGAAGGGAAGGCUGGGAAAAGGGAAAUAAGUGAGAGUUUUGGGGAAAGAAGUAGGUGACAGCGGGAAGGGCUCUAAAUAAGACGGUUUGGCGAAAAUAAACAAUUUGCUACUGAACUUUCUUGAUAUGAAGAAUAACUGACUAACGAAGGAACGAACGAACAAACGAACUAAGUAACUGUGUGACAAAAUAUUGAAUGAACAAAUAAAUAAAUAAGUAAAUAAAUAGAUAAACAGCCCGGCUAAUCUUUCACUUUACAUCAACACACCGUUAGGUAAUUAUUCCAAAACCGACAACGGUCAGUGAUCGACGCGAUCACAACAUGCCUUACAAAAGUUGUUUUUCGUUUUCUAUUAAUUUUAGCUUUUUAUAAAAGGCUUUAUUUUCACAUCUUGGCGCUUAUCACAUGGCUGAUAUUCUUCCUCAUAAUCACGUUGUAGUUAUUUCAUUUCUAUUACGGGUUCCGCCAACUCUCAAGCCUUCCAAAUAGGCCAUCAGUAGCGAGUUCCAAAAACUCUCACUUUCAAAACGAGGCUAAGUGCAAGACCUUUCUAGCGAUUACGAGUUUUAUUUACAUGAGAACUGACAAAAUCGGUAUCAUUUUCACAUCAACGACUUCGCACUUAGCCUCACUUUGAAACGGAGGCUUGAGGCAACUCCAAAAAGCCUGUUCUACUUAGGCUAUUGCUAUUACUAGUAAUAGUUGACACUACAGCUGCCCCCGUUCUGUGUAUUGUCGGUCAAUAGUAUUCUUGCUGGUUGUGUAGCUCUUUGAAAUAUACCGAUUCAUAAUGAAGAUUUUCACACAUAUUCCAUACAACAGUUGAGAUAAACACAGGAAACGCAAGGUUCCAUGCACAGUUUCGGCUCGAUUUACACAGCUUUGAUCAAAACAUUCUCAGCUUCGAGAAUAGUUUAUUCUCAACCAUCGGAAAAGAUUUAAUUAGAAGUUGAAUUUUUCGCUAUUUCUCUUUCCCUUUUUACAUUCAGUUCAUUUUAUUUGCCGGAAAGUAAGUCUUAGAAAUUAAAAGGACGUUUGAUCGAUCCACGCUAGCGCAUUCUGGUCUUAUUUGAAACUUUUUGACGGAAGGACAUCUGUGAGCAGGGAAUAAUUAAGUCAGCACAGAAUUUGAUUGUCGGCGAAUUUCUGUAAAUGUCCAUCAAUCUGCUAGUGAUAAGCUAGCCGUUGUUCACUCGUCUUGCUUGCUUGCUGGGGCCGAGUCUUAUUCCGGUCAAAGAGAGAGAAAGAGUGUCUGGCAAUGUUUCCAAUAUAAAUCAAAGAUUUGUGAACUCGUGUCUGGCAAACCUCCAAGUGUUUAUAUGUACACAGUUAAACGCACCUUAUAACCUCCCCUGCGCUUAACGAGUGUCUUUUGGUCCAUAACUUUCAAAACAACUGCUCCACAGAAUGUCACUGCGCAACGCAAAAGAGUACCGAAGUAUGACUGCACAAUAAAUGUGACAAAAUCUACCUGAGCGGUCCCUUCGGAAUUUUCUGUCUUUACGUCUUCCUAACCAUUUCGUACUUGCGGGCGCAAACAAUAGAAACGUCAUCAUUACCUACCGAUUCCUCGCGGCCCCUGUUCGAGCAAAUCGAGAUUUUUUCUAGUAUCCUGACUGUAUAUUUGAACUGUAAGUACUGUCCUUAAUAUACGCGCGAGUUACUACGGUGCCUCCUCGGGAUUUCGCCUCUGGACGAAAUCCCUGCGGGGGCAAUUAUUCAUUCAAAAUAUUUGCCCAAUUCUGAUUGGCUAAAAGCACACGCAUAAUUUGCCAUAACCAGUUAUUGAUGACCAAAUUUGGAAGAAUUUUGUGUUUAACGAGGAAUGCAGCGUUCUUGCAGGUUAAGGCACCGUUAACCGAGAAGACCUGGGGACGAGGUUGAGUUGUUUUGGUUGUGAAAACAAAAAAUGGCGGACAUUUCACUCGUUUCAAGAGUAAGAACUAGACGAAAUCAUAGCUAAAAACAUGGCAAGAACAGCAAGAACACAACUCGAAGGGCGACAUCUGCUAUUUGGAGAAUAUUUGCGGAGCUGAAAAACCCUAAAUGUGCACUAUCGAAGGUGAACUUAACAUCGAUGGAGAUAAGCAUGUUUUAGCUUUAUUUUUAAACUAGGAAUUAUUUUGAAUGAAUAAUAAAACAAUUAUUGAAUUCGGCUUUCGUAUCAUAUGAAGAAUUAUGGAGAUCUCGGAGGCUGUUCUCCGCCCCGGCCUACGGCCUCGACGGAUAACACCCUCCUCGGUCUCCAUAAUUCUUCACAAGAUACUCAGCCUCAUUCAUUAAUUGUUAAAUAAUUGAGAUAUCCUUUUUUAUAUAGGGACCCUUCUUGGCGCUUAUCGCCUGGGCGACAUUCUUCCUCACGAUCACGACGCAGAUAUUUCAUUUCUUCUUAGUUCAGAUACAGCAAAAGCCUUUCAGGAAUUAGCCAAGUCUGGUAUCGCAGCGGCGGGAAUAAAAGCGAGGUUUAAAAACGUGGUUGUGGAUUUCGUGCCUUGGAGAGCUGAAUACACGAAGACUCGAGGUACAGGGAAAGUUGUACUGCACAAAGCAUAUCCGGUGGAGGUGCUGGAGAAGGAUAAUAUUGUGACGAGAUAUCAUCAUAAACUGCAAUCUUUUCCACAGUCAUGGGUUGUGCCACCGAAGCGAGUAAACUUCCACGGUGUCAGUGUGUCAGUUCCUAAUUCGCCCGCUCGCUUAUUAGCACAUAGAUAUCCUUACACCUUUGGUGCGUUUGGAGUGCAAUUUCCAUAUAAGUGGAAAUGUUGGCUGCCCUGUUCGCUAAGAAAGGGAAAUACAUGUUGA